CAGGAUUUUGGCACAAUAAAAGAGGUGCAUGAUAAGAAAGAAAAAAAAGUGGGAGUGAAGAAGACAAGAGAGGGGUGAAACCAAAUGGAGAGCAGUGGCAGCAUGAAGCUCACACCAACAACCCCCGCAUUCCUCUCUUCUCUUCUCCCAAACCCAAAGCCUCAUUCAAUCCUCAUCCCUUCUUAUUCCGCAUUCAAACCCAAACCCCUCAAAACCCUCACCCUCACCACACCCAAUAAUACUCCCUGUAUUCCCAAAUCCUACUCCGCCGAUGUCUCCUCUUCCGCUGUUACAAACACAACCGCCGCAUCCUCUCCCCGAAACCUCAGGUCACGCCUCCAAAACGGCGACACACUCUACGGCCUCUUCCUCCUCUCCUUCUCCCCAACGCUCGCCGAGAUCGCCGGCCUCGCAGGCUACGACUUCGUUGUCGUCGACAUGGAACACGGCCACGGCGGAAUCUCCGACGCGCUCCCCUGUCUCCACGCUCUCGCAGCCACCGGCACCGCCGCAAUCCUCCGCGUUCCUGAGAGCUCCGCCACUUGGGCUAAGAAAGCCCUUGACUUAGGCCCACAGGGGAUCAUGUUUCCGAUGAUCGAUUCCGCGGAAUCCGCCAUCGACGCCGUGUCGUUCUGCCGGUUCCCUCCCGCCGGGAUCCGUGGCUCGGCUCACUCCGUCGUCCGGGCUUCCGGUUACGGCAUCGAUGAAGGUUACCUUGGUAGUUACCAAGAAGAGCUGUUGAUUAUGUGCCAGGUUGAGUCCGUUGAGGGAGUGAAGAACGUUGGUGAGAUCUCAGCCGUUGAUGGCGUUGAUUGCAUCCAAAUGGGACCGUUGGAUCUGAGCGCCAGUAUGGGGUACUUGUGGGACCCAGGGAACAGGAAAGUGAGGCAGUUGAUGAGGGAGGCUGAGGCGAAGAUUCUGAAAAGCCGCAGCGGCGGUGGCGUCGGCGUUGGGACUUACCUGUCUGGGUUCGCUAUGCCGCAUGAUGGGCCCGGGGAUCUCAAGUCACGUGGGUAUCACAUGGUGUCUGGUGCUGUUGACGUUGGGUUGUUUAGAAGCGCUGCUGUGGAAGAUGUGAAGAAAUUCAGGUUGAGUUUGAUUGAUGAAGAUCAUGAUAGUGAGGAGGAAGAGGGUAAAGAUGCUGAUGAGAAGUACUGGAGUGAGUGAGUGACUGAAUUUUGAUUCUUGUUUAUCUUGUUUUCACUGUUAUGUUCCUCAGAUUUUGUAAAUUAGGUCAUGUAGUUGGAUAUGCUGAUUUUGCUGCUCAAUGAAUAUUAAAGUUUUGAUGCUGAUUUUCCUCACAA